UUCAUCAGGAAUAGACUAUUUUUAUACCUUGGGCUGCGAGCACCCAGGAUUCUAGCCCCCAGACAACCGCAUCACUCAUGGACCCUGCAUAUUCCAAUGCAGAUCUCGGGACUCGGGAGAUACAUAGUAACAGAUAGUUCACAGUCUGAACACCUUUGCAUUAUAUAAACCCCAAAGCUCUCCUAUACCUUCCUCUUCACGCCAACUACCGUGAUGGCAGAAGAACAAGGACGGAAAUUCCAACAUCCGCUCUCCCUUCCCCUCCACCACAGCAUCCUAAUCCUCUCCCUCCUCGCGUCGCCCUUCCGCUACCGUCGCGCGCUCUCCCUCGCACUGAUAAUAUGCACCUUCCCGCCGCUCAUCCUGCGGCCCUAUAGCCCCGACCCGGCGCUCUCCUACGGCAUCGCCACGCUAUGGGUGUUCACGCUGCGCGUGCUCACGAUCCACGUAUUCUCGCGCCCGACGCCGGAGGCGGCACUGUACCGGCCGCAACUCGAGCCGCCCGGCGCAGCGGCUGGAUACUCGCUCCCCAAGAAACUGCGGUGGACGCUGUCGCUCCUGGUCGCGCAGCGCAAUGUGGGGUGGAAUAACUCCGUCGUGGAAAGCACUGCUGCUCAGCAGCGGCGGCGCGGAAGGUGGGGGUAUGCGGCCUAUGUCCUGACGAAGGUCCUGGGGAUCUACCUCCUCCUCGAUAUUUCUCGCACCAUCGUCCUGCAGCAGGAGUGGAUGCUCCCGCUUGACCACCCCGCGUACCGUCCGCUGGGUGACCCGCGCCGGAGUAUUCCCGCGAGACUCGUGGACGUGGCGACGAACGGCGGUAGUGCUUGGGGGUAUAUGGAGCUCCAGUACCUCCUGCUGUCACUCAUCUUUGUCGGCCUGGGCGACGACGAGGCCUCGUGGCCGCCGCUGUUUGGUAGCCUCUGGGAUGCGUACUCGGUCCAGAGACUGUGGGGACAGGUGUGGCACCGUAUGCUCCGGAGUUCACUGGUGUCCUGGGGGAGGGCGGUGGCAGAUUGCUUGGGGAUAAGGGAGGGGACCGCAAGGUUUUUGGUAGUGGUCGGGACGUCGUUCACGAUAUCUGCGGUGGGUCAUGCGAGUGCGAUCUGGACGGCGGAUAAGAGUCUGGGAGGUGGAGCGUUGCGGUUCUUUUUAAUGCAGGCGGCGGGAGUGGGGGUGGAGACAGGGGUGGUGGCAGUGUGGAGACGAGUGGGUGGGGGAAAUGUUCAAUGGGGAAAGUGGGUCGGAUAUGCCUGGACGCUGGCGUGGUUGACGUAUACCUGCCCUAUGCAGGCAGAGGAGAUGGUGACCAUUGGGCUGUUCAAAACCGACCCGGUUCCUUGGAGCGUCACAAGAUGGGCUUUGGGGAUGCAGUAGUAGCAGUAGGGU